UGCUCCCGGCAUACGACAUAAACGGCAACGAAGAGCCAUGAGUCCUUUAAGUAUUUUUUGUUUGGUGGCCCUGUUGGCUACAGCAACAACAGUGUGCGCUAGAGGCAACUCAAUACGUGAUAACCUGAAACCCACUGAGUGGAUUUCGCCGCGUGAAUUGGAGAAUGCGCCUUCAGUGGAUGAGAUCACUUUCGAAAAGUUGCAGGAAACGCCGGCUGAGGAGGCUGCCGAGUUGGUGAACCAGAUUUACCACUUGUCGCAGUUGAGCCGGAAAAUUGAGCCCAGUUAUGCCCCCAGUCCCAGCGAUAUUCCUGUCUACACCUACACACCCACUGGUCAGCGCGUGAACACCAAAUUGAAUCAGCUGGUAUCCACCGUCCAACAACAACCUCAUUUCGGCCAACAAGAAGUCACCAUUUUCAUCACUGGUCUGCCACAACAGAAACUGCGUGACGCCGCACGCGCCAACCAGAAACUCAUUCAGGCUUAUUUGCAAGCCUACAACGGACGAGUGCAAGUAAAAGGUGGUCAAGACGCUGACUCUGAACAGGAUACUUCAUCGAGCGAGGAAACUUCUAACAGCAAACAGACCCAACCUAGUGGUAAUUUGGUGGUUAUUGAUUUGGGCGCCGUCAUACGCAAUUUCGAAGAACUUGUUCUGCUCGAUAUCAACCGCGUCGGUGCUGCGAUCGGUAACAGUUUGGUCCAACUUACGUCGCAAACUGAUGUACCCCAGGAAGUGAUCUAUAUUGUCGCACAAGGUAUUGGCGCUCAUGUUGCCGGUGCUGCUGCUCGCCAAUACACACGUCAAACAGGCAACAAGUUGCGUCGUAUCACUGCCAUGGAUCCCACAAAAAUCUUUGCACGCAAACCCAACACUUUGGUCGGCUUGGCUCGCGGCAAUGCUGAUUUCGUUGAUGCCAUCCACACUUCUGCUUAUGGCUUGGGUAGCGCUGCUCGUGCCGGUGAUGUUGACUUCUAUCCCAACGGUCCUUCUGUUGCCAUGCCCGGAACUGAUAACAUAAUCGAAGCUUCCUUACGUGCAACCCGUUACUUCGCCGAGACAGUGCGCCCAGGUAAUGAUCGCAACUUCCCAGCUGUCGCAGCCGAAUCCCUACAACAGUAUAAAAACAACAAUGGCAACGGCAGACGCGCUUAUAUGGGUAUUGCCGCUGACUACGAUUUGGAAGGUGACUACAUUCUGCAAGUGAACGCUAAAAGUCCAUUCGGAAAGAGCGCACCCGCCAAGAAACAAAAUUCCUACCAUGGCAUACAUCAGACUUCCGGCCGCUCCUCUUCGAACAACUAAAGUGCAGUUGAAGACAAAAAAGUAAAUAGCAGAGCUUUAAAUAUAUUUCGUAUUUAAUUUCCCUUACAUUAGAACUUUUUUAUAAUUAUACCCUUAAAUUCCGAUAUGAUGCCGUAAAACUGUUUGUAAAUAAAAGCAAUUGGUAUUAAACAA